CACGUAGGGUUGUUGACAAGUUAUGCUGGCCUUCUCGCCGCCGCACCACACUUCUCGUUCGCGCUUUCCCUUCGCUCUGGCACAGUGGCGUCUCAGAAAAACACUCUUAGCACAAAUUUAUUUGCAUCUGGCCAAGAUUUGUUGCGGACGACGACAUAUCCCACAGCCGAUGACAGAACUAAAGAGUGUCUGGCUACCAUAAACGAGCUAAGGAGCGAAAAUCUCAAGGGCCUGUUACGAACCCUCGCCGAGACAAAUGGCGAAGAGGUGACUGAAAGCCUGACGACAAUAAAUGUAGACAACCCGGCAAGCCCUACUGCCGAUAAAGUUGCAGUAAAGCUUGCAGGUGAAGAUGUAAACACAUGCGCAUCGGGUAAAGACGCGGAUGCGAAGACGUAUCCCGGACUCGUGAUUCCGUUCACGCAUGAGACGCAAUUCAAUUGCAGCGCUUUGAUCCAGGCGGCCUAUACAGCCGGACUUAACCACCUCAAACAGUCGAACUUCGAGCCCUCAACAGGGGCAUACAAUGCUGAAAACGUUACAUUUAACAACGUGAACGCCAGCAAUGUGGCGUUUCUGCUGUCGGAGAAAAGCAAAAAGGUCUCAUGUGCCGCCGCCAAAGACUGCAAAGCAGGCUACAACGUUUUUUGCUACUUCAUAGAGCCACUUCGCACUGGAGAUAAGCCUUUCACGCUUUACAAUGCUCUUUGGGGAUUGGAAACAGGCGCAGCGUUCAUUUCGGUUUCCAGCGUCAUCGCUGUUCUCGUUGUCUUUGCUCUGAUUAUUCGCACUUGA